AAAGGCGUUUGCAGAUGGACUUAACGACGAUCUCGGACAUAACAAUGAGCCGGCAAGUACUGCUGAUCAUUUCGGUCCUCUCCCUCGGUGCAGCCCUCGGACAGGUCAGCUACUCUAUUCCCGAGGAAAUGGCGAAGGGCUCUUUCGUUGGUAACAUAGCUCAGGAUUUAGGAUUAGAUGUUAAAAGACUGAAAUCGGGCAGGGCUCGCGUUUUUACUCGAGACAGCACUGCGUACAUCGAGCUAAACAGAGAAAGGGGAAUUCUCCUGCUCAACGAAAGGAUAGACAGAGAGGCGCUUUGUGGACAAAUGACGCCGUGCGCGUUGCAUUUUCAGCUUUUAUUGGAAGAUCCGAUGGAAUUUUACAGUAUUACUGUUGAAAUAAUAGAUAUAAAUGACAACCCUCCGAUCUUCAUCACAACCGAGGCUCAUUUUAAUAUCAGCGAGUCUGCGCUCAGUGGCACGACAUUCACUUUAGAUAGAGCGACCGAUCUGGAUGUGGGCGAAAAUGGUUUAAAAACUUAUGUCCUUAAACCAACCGAUAUUUUUUCUCUAAAGAUGAAUAAUCAAGGAGACGGUAUUAAAAAUGUCGAAAUGGUAUUAAAUGCACCGCUGGACAGGGAGAAAAACGAACAGCUGUCUUUAGUUCUGACGGCGGUGGAUGGUGGAGAGCCGCAGAUGACAGGAACAAUGCAGAUUCACAUUACCAUUUUAGACGUUAAUGAUAAUGCUCCUGUUUUUACACAACCUAUUUAUAAAGCUGCUGUAAGGGAAAAUUCACCAGUCGGAACCGCUGUACUGACAGUUACUGCAACAGAUGCAGAUGAAGGAUCUAAUGGCCGAAUAACCUAUUCAGUUUCAAAUAUACUCGAUCAUGCCCGUGGAAUUUUUGAAAUAAAUAAAAGAACUGGUGAGGUUACUUUAAAUGGAAAGGUUGAUUAUGAGAAGAACAGGAAUUUUCAGAUAAAUGUUCGUGCAAGUGAUGAUGGAGGACUAACUGGUUCUUGUAAACUGAUUGUCGACGUAAUAGACAUGAAUGACAACCUCCCUGAUAUUCACAUCAUGUCAAAAUCAAAUGUUAUAUCAGAAGAUGCGAAAACAAACACAGUUGUGACUAUGAUUAAUGUGGACGAUGCAGACUCCACUGAAAAUGGAAAAGUGCAUUGCGUCAUUAAUGACAAUAAUAAUUUCAUAUUAAAGUCAGCAUCAGAAAAAUUCUAUAGUCUUAUUACAGACAGUGAUUUAGACAGAGAGAGAGCCUCUGAAUAUAACAUCAGUGUGACCUGCUCUGAUGAGGGAGUGCCCUCCCUCUCCAGCAGCGUCACUCUCACCUUACAGAUCUCUGAUGUCAAUGACAACCACCUCGGAUAG